GCGGAUCAUGUACAGAUCAGAUCAACAACUAUACUUGCAACUGUGUGCCUGGAUACACUGGACGCAAUUGUACCUUAGCACCAACAACCCCAGCACCUGAUCAAACAAUGUAUCCUUAUGGCCCCGAUGCAGAAGACAACGAAGAUACUAGAUACUACACAAACUCAAGAUGUUUUGGAUCUAUUUAUCUUGGUUUCAAAGGUUUUCCUUUUUACGGGAAAAGGCACUACACUUUGUAUGCUUGUCGCAAUGGUUUGAUAUCAUUUGAGCAGCCCUGGUACCGAUGGUGGCCCUCCAAGUUUGGACAAUACUACUUUAGUGGCAAACCAUUGUUGGCCCCAUACUGGUCUCUGAUAAGCAAGAAAGCAUUCCGACAAGGGAUUUCUAAGUUAUACUACCAGAUCUACCAAAAAGAUAGUGGAAAGACAAGCAUCCUUACAAGAGCAACAAAUGAUGUCAAAAAGUACUGUAAAGAACAUUCUCUUCCAACUGAGUUUGGAAAGGCAUCAUGGGUCAUGGUUAUCACGUGGGUUAGGUUACGUCACUGGUACUCAGAAUGGCAGAAAAACCUCAAAUAUUUGCUUUUUAAUAUUUCUUAUUUCUUAUUAAAUCGAUACUUAGAACACUGUUUCAAUGAUAGAUGCANAUAUAGUACAAUAUCAUUAAGUACUACAACAUCAUCAAGUACCACAGCCAUGUCAACAGUUCCAAAACCAUCAAGUACUCCUACGUCUUUGGAUGGUUCAACAUCAUCAAGUACUCCAAAAUCGUCAAGUAUCAAAACCAUGUCAAGAGUUCCAACUACAUCAAGUACUCCAACGUCAUUGUAUGCUUCAAUAUCAUCAAGUACUCCAACGUCUUUGGAUGGUUCAACAUCAUCAAGUACUCCAAAAUCGACAAGUAUCACAACCAUGUCAAGAGUUCCAAUAACAUCAAGUACUCCAACGUCAUUUGAUAUUUCAACAUCAUCAAGUACUCGAACAUCAUCAAGUGCCACAACCAUGUCAAGAGUUCCAACACCAACAAGUACUCCAACGUCAUUUGAUGGUUCAACGACAUCAAGUAAUGUAACAUCACCAACUACUACUUCAACAUCAUCAAGUACUCCAACAGUGUUAAGCACUCCAACGCCAUUAGCACCAACAACCCCAGCAGCUGAUCAAAUGAUGUAUCCUUAUGGCCCCGAUAAAGGAGAUUACGAAGACAAAAGAUACUACACCUCCUCAAGAUGUUUUGGAUCUAUUUACCUUGGUGUUAAAGGUUUUCCUUUUUUCGGGAAAAGGCACUACAUGUUUUUUAACUAUGAGAAUUUCUUGACCGCAAGUGGAAUUCCGGUGGUUGGGUUUAAUGCUGGAGACUUCAAGGGCCACUAUUAUAACCAUCCACGCUCUGGGAGCGUCACUGUUGUAGAAAUCGACAGCUUAGAAGGAAUCAAUGUCUUCAAAAGAGAAAACACUCAGUCUUUUGAAGUAAGUCCUAAUGGCAUUCGCGGGAGAAUCUUUUUGCGUUUAGAUGAAUCACGAGGUAAAACUCCCAGAAUGGAAUGCAUCGACUGGUACUACAGCCAAUCAGAUGUCUACUGGUACGUGACUCGUGUCUUGCCGCCUUGUCCGUGCACUUAUUGGCAAGCACGAAGAGAUAGGCGUUUCUUUCUCUACAAAUGGGAAUGGCCGCGUGUUUGUUUCUACUCUUCUUUUCMCACACAAUACGGCUGGGGUCAGGAGUGUUGCUACAAGUUCUUCACAUGGCGCAGUUGGUGGUGGRGYUGGUGGUGGAGAUCCUUUUUGGCUGUAGGGUACCCUGAUGGCGGUWAUGCUCACAGACAUGAUAUAAAUCCCUACCAACAAUGCUGUGUCCAUAGCAACUUGUGCAGCUUAUACCAGCAACGCCGACCAUCAGAUACGUGUUGGCGUUAUAUCCCUCCAAGAUGGAGUUGGUUUUGGGGAGACCCUCACUUCGUUACCCUUGAUAACAAAAACUAUACAUUCAAUGGUCUUGGUGAGUAURUCAUGCUYGAUGCCAAAGACGGACAUUUCCAGCUACAAGCGAGGACAAAGCCUGCCAARGGUGAAGGGACGGCUACYGUAUUCUCUGGUGCUGUUGCCAAGGAAACAAAUACAAGUACAGUGCAGGUCACUUUAAGYGAUUCUGAUACAAUUGAAGUUCGCAUAGACGGUCAACCAUUUAACAUCAGUGGUCUGACUAAUUCCUCAAAACGACUUAACGGAUCAGUGACUGUAUUAAAGCCSGAACCAAACUGUUUUGAAAUGGCUUUUCCAUCUGGAAUGUCAGUUAGAAUCUGUGAAAAACUUCAACAGCUUUCCAUUGUCGCCGCUGCACCGGAUUCGUUUAAAAAUCACACGAAAGGUCUUCUGGGAACUUGGAAUGGUGAUAGUGAAGACGACUUUACAUUGCCUAAUGGGACGGUGCUUCCUGGGUCUAGCUCUGGAAGAGACAUCCACUAUAAAUUUGGAUUAGCUUGGCAAGUAACCAACGAAACAUCUCUGUUCAAGUAUGAACCAGGAGAGAACGUUCAAUCGUUUACGAAUGCUUCCUUCAAGCCAAUGUUUUUAGACGACRAAUUAACGUUUGCAAAUGAUUCACUAAGAAAGCAGGCUGAGGAGCUUUGUCAGGGCGACAUAAGUUGCAUGUUUGAUGUGGCAUCCACCAGAGAUCUUGAAGUGGGACAAAACACGAAGCAGCUGAACACGCAGCUGGUCAACGACUCUAAGAUAAUGAGUAACGAGCCACCCAGAAUAGACAACAGCUCACUAGUUUUGUUCUUAACUAUUAAUACAACGAUCACAGUUGUUGUGAAUGCCAGUGACCCUGACGGUGAUGACCUAACCUUUAAUGUAACUGGUCUCCCWGACAACKCUAAAUAUUCGACCAGYGCGAARUCCAUCUCGAUAUCUUGGCAGGUGACGGAGAACAAGCUCGAUAUUCAGUACAUCGUCACAGAUUCUAACAACGCUGUUUCAUCAGCUAAGCCAACCAUAUAUCUAUGCGCAUGUCAUAAUGAUAGCAAAUGCGAAAAACCGACCAUAUUAAACGACACAGACRCAAGCUCCAAUGACACUUUCAUUCAAAUGUUAUGCAAAUGCAGUCCUGGAUACACUGGAMGAUAUUGUGAAAKCGAUAUCGAUGCAUGUACUGCUAAUAUCAACCCGUGUUAYCCUGGUGUAACUUGCAAUGAUUUGCCCGCGCCAGCCAACAUCAUCAAUGGAUACGAGUGUGGUCCAUGUCCGAAAGGGUUUAAUGGGACGGGUGCAGACUGUAGAGAUAUAGACGAAUGCGUACAGGGGAAACAAGUGCAUGGCUGUGAACAAAACUGUGGGAAUACUCCAGGCUCGUUUGUUUGUAGCUGUAGACCCGGCUUUGAGCUUAAUAUAAACAGAAAAUCAUGCGAUGACAUAAACGAGUGCUUGCGAGACAAGGGUGGUUGUAUGCAUAAAUGUACAAACAACGUUGGAAGCUUCAGUUGCUCAUGCMACGAAAAUUUCAAGACAGAUCCACAAAACAGCAAACUGUGYAUUCCUAAGAMCCCCUGCAAAGACAACGAUCAUGGCUGCCAGGACGUCUGUUACGUYAAUGCAGACAGGCAGCAGAAAUGCUCGUGCAACCAAGGGUAUAAAUUGAAUGACAAUGGCAAAACUUGCAGCGAUAUCGAUGAAUGUUCUAUCAAUGAAUAUCGCUGUAAUCAAAAGUGCCAUAACAGCAUAGGAUCUUACACUUGUUCGUGCGUCCCUGGCUUUAAACUCUCAGAUGACAAGGUUACAUGCGUCGAUAUCAAUGAAUGCCUGGAAUUUACUUUUAACUGCACCGAUUCGUCACAAACCUGUUUGAAUACUCAAGGAUCGUACAAAUGCGUUUGUGAAGAAGGGCUAAUUUGGAUCAACAACAAGUGUACAGCUCUCAGGCCAGGGGCGACAACGCCACCUCCACCAACAGCACCAGCACCAAGGGAACCGUCAGCAUACGAGGUCGCCAACUCAGUCAACAUAACCAUGACAAACUUGAAUGCAUCUCAGUGGACAGAACCGAAGGAGUACAAGUUCAAACAAGUCGUUGCUGAAGGGGUGACUAAUUUCUGUGCACGAAGUGAAAGCUGUACUCCAGUAGCAAACCGAGUCAAGCGCGCUCUAAAUUUUGUUAACUUCCAAGCAGAUCAAGUCCAUUUGCUUCCAGGAUUCCCUCUACAAAUAAUAUCAGAACAACACAAGGCAUCGUCCCUCGUUGCUCGCAUCGCAUUGUAUGUGAACUUUCCACCAGGCGUGGUCCUCGAUUCAAACAACACAAUAAACAAAGAAAACCUCCUUAAAGCUUUGAAUGGCACAUGGGGAGAUAUUGAGAAAGCGCUUGGUGUUGAAAUUCUCAAACUAACAACAUACAAGUCAGACCAUCCAACUAAACCAAUCGAGAAGCCACGGCAAAAAGGGGAUGGACUUAAUAUAUAUGUUAUCAUUGGAGCAUCGGUUGCUGGAAGUGUGGYACUUAUUAUAUUGGUGACAAUUGUUGUUUGCUGCCGAAAACCAUCAGAUUCGAGGAAGCAGACCAAUGGGUAUCGAAAUCGUGCCACGGAAUCACAAGAAGACAUUGCUAUCGGACAAGAAUCAAUUGUAUUAAAUAGAAUGCGAGCCAAAAAUAUUGACAAUCAUGAUAUAAGAAGUUCGUCAAGGUCUUCCCGUCGUUCAACACGGGUAUCACCUUUUAAUUCCUGAAUACAAAUGCUCACUCAACAGCAGUUUCUUAAUAAUCUGGUAACUUUUUGUGCCGCAAUUUUUAGGUCUAGCUAAAGUGUUUUUAUUACUGUCGUUUCUCUUGAUCAGUGAGAGAACUUUGAAAACUAUGCAAGAUGUCCUACACAGGUCCUCUCGACUUUUUACAAUUUUUCAGUACUAAUAGAUCGUUAUGUGAAUCAAAGUAACUCAUUGCACAAUCGUCGCAUAUACAUUAGUCAAGUAUUUUAUUUAGGAUAAAAACUGUUUCAAAAAUGUUUAAAACUCAAUAAAUUAGUUAUAUUUUUAGAGGUAUGACUUGUUGAUAGAGCUGUGCUCAAGUGUUGCAAUAUAUAAGGACAACAUAUUGUAUUUUUAAGUAGUCUUUGUCAAAAGUAGUGUUUCAAACACGUUAAAUAACUUUGAAUACACCUUAUUCCAAAAUGGCUGACUAGCCCUUGAUGUCUCUUUUUAAUAAAAUUAUUCUUUUGUCUUUGAGCUUGAGCGACUUUAAAAGAAAAGAACAAGUUCAUGAAAACGAGACAUCAAGGGCUAGUCAGCCAUUUUGGAUUAAGGUGUAUAAUGACAAAGUUUAAUUCGUACCAAGACCGUCCUUGAGUUCAAUUGUUUGCUCUGAGAUAUCCUUUAUGAUGGAAAUACACUGCAUGAUUGUUUUGUGCAAGUAGAAAAAUAAUUACGCUUCUCUAUGAAGACGGGUUUCUAGUUACAUUGCCUCAAGCUGGGAUGAUCUGGGUACAAGAACUAGCGAAAAWUUCAUGUGUKURUCAAAGCAUUAGCUCUGUCCAUAUUAGGAGGUCUGCACGCAAAGGAGCACGGCAAAAYGCUGUUUGUUACUUUUAAUUUUGUAGUCUGAAUCRCGUUACUCAGCUUGAAUGGARGARCACAGAUUACUUUAUAAAUGCAAAMAGUUUGCUUUAAWUGGAAUAARUAUUAUAUACGACUUUGAA